UGAGCACUGGGGAGUCAAGAUCAUUCCCUGCAGGGAGCCACAUCCAGCGUGUGCCUGGGGCUGCCAGCAGCAGUGAGCCUGGACCACCAUGCUGUCCUCUCUGGGUGGCACACAGAGGUGCUUUUGGGCUAUCGUCCUCUUGGCCCUGAUCCUGUUUCUGCUGGCUGGCCUCCUGCAUGUGGAUGUCACGAUGUUUUCACCCUUGUUUGGGGACCAGGCUGAGGGGCCACCCAUCACCAACGUCAUGUUUCUCAAGACGCACAAGACCGCCAGCAGCUCGGUGCUGAACAUGCUCUUCCGAUUUGUGGAGACACGCAACCUGUCGGUGGCGCUGCCCGCUGGCUCACGCGUCCACCUGGGUUACCCCUGGCUCUUCCUGGCGCACUAUGUGGAGGGCGUGAAGCAGGACGGCGCCCAGCAGCGCUUCAAUGUCAUGUGCAACCAUUUGAGGUUUAAUCUGCCUGAGGUGCAGAAAGUCAUGCCCAACGACACUUUCUACUUUUCCAUCCUCAGAAACCCUGUCUUCCAGCUGGAGUCUUCCUUCAUCUAUUACAAAGACUACGUCCCCGCCUUCAGGAACGCCGAGAACCUGGACGCCUUCCUGGCCUCCCCGCUCACCUAUUACAACCAGAGUCUGAGCCUGCGAAACGCCUACGCCAAGAACAACAUGUGGUUCGACCUCGGCUAUGACCACAACGCGCCCGCGGAGGAGAACUACGUGCGCGCGCGCCUGGCGGAGGUGGAGCGGCGCUUUCAGCUGGUGCUCAUGGCCGAGUACUUCGACGAGUCCAUGGUGCUGCUGCGGCGCCGGCUGCGCUGGCGGCUGGACGACGUCGUGUCCUUCAGGCUCAACGCGCGCAGCCAGCGCAGUGUCACCAGUCUGACGCCCGAGGGCCAGGAGCGCGCCAAGCGCUGGUGCGCCUUGGACUGGCGCCUCUACCAGCACUUUAACCGCACCUUCUGGGCCCAGGUGCACGCAGAGCUGAGUCCUCUGCGCCUGCGCGUGGAGGUGGCACGUCUGCGGGCGCGGCGGCGUGAGCUCAUGGCCCUGUGCCUGCAGGACGGCGGGCCCAAGGACAAGAAGCAGAUCACUGACCUCCACCUGCGCCCCUACCAGUCGGGCAAGGCCGACAUCCUGGGCUACAACCUCCGGCAGGGCCUGGACAACCAGACGCUGCAGGUGUGCCAGAGGAUGGUCACGCCGGAGCUGCAGUACAUGGCCCGUCUGUACGCCCAGCGGUUCCCGGAAAAGCCCCCCAAGGACAUCUCCUUCCUGGAGGCCUGACUGUUGGCAGCCCGUCUGCUGUCAUCCUGGGAGGCCUGGGGCAUGGCCUCAGGCUCGGAGCAGGGCUCCUGGGGCAUCUGGAGAGCCAGGCCCUGCCAGACUGUGGGUCUUAUGGGUGAAAAUGCCUAUGAAGAGAACUACCCGUGACUCACCCUCUUGGUGAGGGUCCCAAAUCUAGGUCAGUAAGCACACAUGACGUGUGAGGAUGUGAAUCUAUUCACCAAAUAGAAAAGUCUCACAAGGUAGGAAAGUGAGAGUGACCAUUAAUGACGUCAACACACCACCUGUCAGGGGGGCAUGUAUGGACACACCGCCGGUCAGGAGUGCAGGAGCCCAGGGAGUGGCUGGCUGUCGUGCGGA